GUGAAAAAGAGGAACAAGUUCUUAACUAAAGCAGGUUUAAAACACAAACCAAAAGAACAAAGGAGAGAACUUGGCACACUAAUCUUAAAAAAAGAAAGUGGAAUGGAAUGAAAAACCCCCAACACGGUGCAACUACACAUUAACAGUUAUAGUGUGAACAGUGUCACAUACAAAGAGAGCCAUCUACCAAAAAUAAGUUUAUACAGUCUCUCUUUUAACUGCAUCAGGACAUUACCAAUAAAGUUCUUCCAGUUCUGCAAAAGAAAUGCCUCAAAGAGAUUCCAAACUCAUUCUGGAACAAUAUUAGGUUGCAAGGAAUUACAUUGGUCUGCACCUGUGAAUUUAUUAAGGGGAACACCAAAGUGCUAAAGAGCACCAUUGUUCAAAAAUGCUGAAGAGCUGUGGAAAUACUUCAGUAGCUAUUCUUGUAGGAACUGCCCUUCUUUUACUCGUGAUGAUUUGUGGAAUUGGGUGUGUUUGGCAUUGGAAACAGAAUGAUAGCACACGAUUUACUUUACCAAAGGUUUUGCAAAGAAGAAGCAGCAAGAGAAAAGACUAUACCAAAACAUCCUUCUUGAGUCCCCACGUUAUUGGCUUAAAGCAUAACACCUCAGUUGAAACCCAAGACCACAGAUCCGCUGUUGAGAGAACUCACAUCCAAGAGAACUAUGAAAAUGUGCAAGCAGGUCCUCCCAAGGCUACAGAAGAAACCGACAAGGAACUGUACGAAAACACUCGGCAGUCUAACUUCGAGGACCAUAUCUAUGGAAAUGAGACAGCCUCUGAGUAUUAUAACUUCCAGAAGCCUAGUACUUCUGAAGUUCCUCAAGAUGAAGAUAUAUACAUUCUUCCAGAUUAAUACUAGGUUCUCAAAAUAGCGAGUGUUGUUAUUAGAGGAUAAAUGUUCACUGUGACUUUUAUUGCACUGAUGCCAUUAUUAAUCAAGUUCUGAUGAAAUUAGAUGGUCUGUUCUUUUUUGCCACCUUUCUAAAUUCGUUCUGUGUGCAUCACUGUGGGAUUCAUUCUAAGUCUCCUCCCACCUUCCUGGCCCUGGAUUACAGCUGUAUUAUGCCAUAUUGAUUCUUCCUUCUAACUGUUGCCUAUUAUCACUUUCUUUUAUUUCUACCUUCACUGUCUUUUUCUGGCUCAGAAUUAUUGUCACAGGGUUAUCACUGGUCUUCCCAUCUCUACUUUCUAUCUACUUAAUCAAUUUCCCAUGAUACUGCCAGAUUUAUCUUCAGAAAAAUGGCCAUAUUACUAUAUUACUGAAAACCUUUUAAUAUCCCAUCUUUGCACAAGACAUAACACUUAAGAUUCUAAUUCCAGAAUUCAUAAUUCUCCACAGUUGGUUCCAAUUUACUUUCCCAAUGAGUUCUCCUACUAAUUCUGCACUUCUCAGCUUCCAUCAGAAUUAUCCUGAGACCUGGUGAAGACAUCCCGCCCCAGCCCCCUCCAGAGCUCUGGCUGGCUGCCUCCUGUUGAGCCUGCCUCAGACCGUGGCUUCUUCCACAAGUGUUCUGAAUCAUUCCAAACCUGCACUUACUUUUUUCCCUUUUCUGUUAUCCCUAUACAUUUUGCUCAAUUCUUCAGGCAUUUAAACAUCUGAUUUUUAUUUCAUGACAUUUUAUUACUUAACUUCAUAUGAGAAUGCCUUAUAUUUCUAGCUAAACAGAAAGUCAUAUUCUUAGCCCAAUGCCUACAACAUCACAUGAGGUACAAUACUUAUUCAGUUGAUGAGAAUUGAAUUCUACAUCUUCCUAAGUAGUUUUGAAAAAAAUCUA